AUGCAGACAACACAAAGCCCUCAUCUCCCUACGGAGAUUCUCAUUAUCAUCGCCAAAAUGAUAUUCUAUGAUCGGAGGUAUGACCCUGGUGGUAUGAUGCUAGUAGAAAGGCAAAAGACCCUUCACAGUUUUUGCCUGGUCUCUCGGCAGUGGUACUCGGUUGGCAUCUCAUACCUCUACGACUUCCCCCAACUCUGGCAAGGCAACAAAUUCGCACAGUUCACCAAUACUGUGAGCCCUCCUCUUGGUGUCAAAAGAAGCAAAGUCGACCUCGGAUCUUUGGUGAAAGUUUUGCACCUAGGCUCUCUAGUUCAUCAGAGCUCGAACAGUCAGACGUCACGGUUAAUAAGCCGUGUUAAGGCACGCUUGACCACAUUCAUCGCCCCGCAAACUGGUAUUGGUGUCAAUAGUCUUGCAUCAAUCUCAAAAUGCCGAAACCUAACACAUCUCGAUCUGAGUCUAGUUCGAGGUGGGGCAAUCGAAUUUCCGCGCCUGAAGAAGGCUGUCAGCAAUCUUCCAGAGCUGCGAGAGCUUCAAUUGCCGUCUAGCAUGGAGAUCACUCGUACAGAUAGCUCGGCAGGAAUUUGGCCACCAAAGCUUUUUAAUAUGACUAUUGGAGGAUCCCUUGAUCCUCAGAUCAUGUCAACGUUCGACUGGCCUUCCGGUCUUUACAGACUAGAGUUAAAACGCUGCAAGAACUUGGAUACACCAAUCCUUGAGAGCAUACUUUGCAACGAGGAGCUUCGUGAGAAACUCGAAAUCCUCCACCUGCACAACGAGAACGCAAACAUGUUCUCAGAAUUGGAAUCGACCGUUCUAUACAUCCUUGGGAAGUUGACCUACCUCAAAAUGCCUCUGGACUUUAUGGAAUAUCUAUGCAUAGUCCCUGUUCCCGAUGGCAUGCAACCACUGCCUCUCCGAAUCCUGGAGUUGACACAGCCAUAUUUUGACGAUGAAUUGGCCUCUGACUUCUCAGGAGAGCUUGAAAAAGCGUUGAAUCACAAUCUCUGCAAUCUCUGGGCUCUGGGGAUCGGGGAGAGCUCCCUACCGCACAUUCAAGACGCCUACAAACGAAUCGAUGAUGAGAUAUGGAAACAUGUGGAGGAGUGCUCGGAUGACGAACUUGACAAGCUGACGAUCGAAGAUUUGGGGAUUUACACUAUCGAUGAUGAUCCCAUAGUCUAA